AAAGAAGAGUUUGCUUCGCUCUCGGCGACGAAGACAUGUGCGAUGAUGCAAGGACUCCACCACCAUCACCACCAGAACCAACACCACCAGCUCGCAGCUCUUCUCGCCGCCGCUCUUCCCAAAGACGAUUCAACGUCGAAAUCACCAUCAUCUACGAUUGCAACAUCUGAAGAAGACGAUUCGUCGCGAAUAGCCGCUAUAACCUCACUCCACCGCGCCAUUCUUUACCCUCCAAACUCCCUCCUUGUCACUCACUCCGCUUCUUUCCUCGCCCAAGGCUUUUCUCAACUCCUCUCCGACAAAUCAUAUGCAGUGCGUCAGGCUGCAGCUACAGCGUAUGGAGCUUUAUGCUCUGCAUUGUGUUCAAUUUCUAUAGCAUCAAAUGGAAGGCAGAACCAUGUUAUACUUGGCAGUUUGGUUGAGCGAUUCUUUGGUUGGGCAUUGCCAUUGCUUAGCAAUGUUAGCACUGAUGAUGGGACAAUGGAACUGGCACUGGAGGCGCUUCGUGAAUUUCUCAAUGUCGGAGAUAUUGGGGCAACUGAGAGAUAUGCAUUGCCGAUUCUCAAAGCAUGUCAAGUACUUCUUGAGGAUGAGAGAACCUCCUUAAGUUUACUGCAUCGGCUUUUGGUUGUUUUGACCUUGAUUUCAUUGAAGUUUUUCAGAUGCUUCCAGCCACAUUUUGUUGACAUUGUUGAUCUUCUGCUUGGGUGGGCUAUGGUACCGGACCUUGCUGAAUCUGAUAGGCGUGUUAUUAUGGAUAGCUUCUUGCAAUUUCAGAAACAUUGGGUGAAUAAUAUGCAGUUUUCUCUUGGAUUGAUGUCAAAAUUCUUGGGCGACAUGGAUGUAUUGCUUCAGGAUGGAUGUCCUGGUACCUCCCAGCAAUUCCAAAGAUUGCUUGCAUUGUUGUUUUGUUUCUCUACAGUUUUGCAGUCCACAGCUUCUGGGUUGCUGGAAAUAAAUGUACUUGAACAAAUAAGUGCACCUCUUUGCAAAAUGGUUCCACUUUUGUUGGGAUGUUUAUCGAUGGUUGGAAAGAAAUUCGGCUGGUCAAAAUGGAUUGAGGAUUCCUGGAGGUGCUUGACUCUCUUGGCAGAAAUUCUGCGCGAAAAGUUUUCAACUUUUUACCCACUUGCAGUCGAUAUUUUGUUCCAAAGCUUGGAAAUGGACAACAGAAACCUAGUUGUGGGGGCUGGGAAGAUUACUUCCUUUCAGGUCCACGGGGUUCUUAAAACUAAUCUUCAGUUAUUGUCUCUACAAAAACUUGGCCUUCUCCCCUCAUCUGUGCACAAAUUACUACAAUUUGAUGCACCAAUAUCUCAGCUUCGUUUGCAUCCAAAUCACUUAGUGACUGGAAGUGCUGCUGCUACAUAUAUUUUCUUGCUCCAACAUGGGAACAACGAAGUUGUUGAACAAGCAAUGGCUUCCUUAGUUGAAGAGCUAGAGUUAUUGAAGAGAAUGAUUGGAAAGACUUCCUGCAAAACAGAUGAGAUCGAGAGCACAGUAGCUCCCAAGUCUUAUUCGAAACCUGAAUUGUUUGCACUGAUUAAAUUUGAUUUGAAAGUCCUGUUAAGUGGUGUUUCCUUGGGUGGGGGGAGCAGUUUGAUGCAUUCAACAGAAAUUGAUGCUUUAUAUCUUAAUAGGUCAGAAAAAUUGGUAUCUAGUAUUGUUGAAAAAUUGAAUCCCUUUGACGUACCUAUUCAGGGCCAUGUAGAAUUGCAAGCAAUUGUUUUGAAGACUUUAAACCAGCUAACUAUGAUUGAAUUUUUGAGCAAGUGCUCAAUAAGGAAACAAGAGAGUGGGAAAAGUUCUUUGGAUGUCGUGGUUGAUAAACUCCUUAAGGAGGAUGAUAUGGAAAAUGGGCAUUCAUUGAUGGUUUUUGAGCAUUUGAGGAAGUACAAUGUGCUCCUUGUGACUGCUCUUCAUGUUUCUUCUCCCUUGGCGGUCAAAAUAGAAGCCUUUCAGUGGAUCCAAAGAUUCUGCGAGGGUGUCAUUGAUGUAUGUGGGAAUUCAAAGGCAGCAUAUUUUUGUUGUGAAGCCUUUGGAAAUGUUGAUUUUGUUAAGAAUUUGGUGUUUUCAGUUUUGGAUGCUGCAGCAGACAGUGAACUGCAAGUCAGAUCUCAGGUGGCAUCAGUUUUGGAGAUUCUUCUGAAAGCAAAACUUAUCCAUCCCAUGUACUUCUUUACUAUAACUGAAGUGGUCCUUGAGAAACUCGGUGAUCCAGAAGAAGAUAUCAAAAAAGCAUUUGUUAGGUUGCUGUCUAAGGUAUUGCCUAUUACGAUUUAUGUAUGUGGUCUAUCUGAUUGUGAGGCAGUUACUACAUGUAGGCCUGGUGUACUUAGAUUAGGCAGUAUGUGUAACUUACAGUGGAAGCAAGUUUUUGCCCUCAAGAAACAGCCUUGGCAAAUUCAGUCACAGCAACUCGUUUCUGUCUUGAGUUACAUUUCACAGAGAUGGAAGGUGCCUCUUUCUUCGUGGAUCCAGCGGCUCAUUCUUACUUGCCAGAGUUCAAAGUAUAUUUCUUUGACCCAACCAGAGGAAACAGGAAAUUUUGGUGGGAAUGGUUUAUGGGGUGACAUAAAACUGGAGGAAGAUAUUCUUGAAAGAAUUUUCUCAGCUAAUAUCCUUGCUGGUGUAUGGUGGUCUGUACAUGAUGCAGCUAGGUAUUGUAUUACUACACGACUUCGGACCAACCUUGGUGGGCCAACUCAAACUUUUGCAGCAUUGGAGCGCAUGCUUUUGGACAUUGCGCAGGUGCUGCAGCUUGAUACUGAACAAAGUGAUGGAAAUUUAAACGUUGCUAGUUCUUCUUAUGCUCACUUGUUACCAAUGAGAUUAUUGCUGGAUUUUGUGGAGGCCCUGAAGAAAAAUGUGUACAAUGCAUAUGAUGGAUCAAUUGUUUUACCAUGUGCGUCUCGGCAGAGUUCUUUGUUUUUUCGGGCUAAUAAGAAAGUCUGUGAGGAGUGGUUUUCUCGGAUUUGUGAGCCAAUGAUGAACGCUGGAUUGACAUUGCAUUGUUAUGAUGCCACAAUUCAUUACUGUACUUUGCGUUUGCAGGAGCUUAGAUAUCUUGUGGCUUCAUCUGUGAAGGAGAAGGCAAGAGCCCAGGGAACGGAAAACGUCCAUAUCAUCAGGGCCAAAUUUGCUGGAGAUAUCUUGAAGGUUUUACAGCAUAUGGCUUUGGCUCUGUCUAAAUAUCAUGAACCAGAAGCCUUAAUCGGCUUACAGAAAUGGGCAACCAUGGCAUUCUCUCCCUUGUUUUCAGAAGAGUACUGCACUCCAGGUGACAGUGGGAUCUUAGGACCUUUUUCAUGGAUCACUGGGCUUGUAUAUGAGGCAGAAGGCCAGCAUGAAAAGGCUGCUGCUCACUUCACUCAUUCAUUGCAGACUGAAGAGUCACUGAGUUCUAUGGGUUCUGAUGGUGUACAGUUUGCAAUUGCACGGAUUAUUGAUAGUUAUACAGCAGUUUGUGAUUGGAAAUCUCUGGAAUCCUGGCUAUUGGAGCUGCAAACUCUUCGUGCUAAGCAUGCUGGGAAAACUUAUUCUGGUGCUCUUACUACGGCCGGCAACGAAAUAAAUUCAAUUCAUGCCUUGGCCCACUAUGAUGAGGGAGAAUUUCAGGCAGCAUGGGCUUGCCUUGAUUUGACGCCUAAAAGUAGCAAUGAACUCACACUUGAUCCCAAAUUGGCCUUGCAAAGGAGCGAGCAGAUGCUUUUGCAGGCGAUGCUUCUUCAAAAUGAGGGGAAGGUGGACAAGGUAUCUCUUGAAUUGCAGAAGGCCAAAUCAAUGCUGGAGGAGACAUUGUCUGUCUUGCCUUUUGAUGGGCUGGCUGAAGCAGCAGUGCAUGUCAACCAGUUGUACUGCAUACAAGCAUUUGAAGAAAGUUGCAAGCUAAUAAGCAGCCAAGACAAGCAAUUUGAGUCAUUGUUAAGCUCAUAUAUUCAAGGUGUGGAAUCCCCUAUCCACCACAUUCAUCAAGAUUGUAACUUAUGGCUAAAAGUUCUUCGGGUAUAUCGAAGCACACUCCCAACUUCGCCUGUGACUUUGAAGCUAUGUAAGAAUUUGCUGAGUUUAGCUCGUAAGCAAAAAAACUUAAUGUUGGCAAGCCGUCUGAAUGACUAUCUGAGAGAUCAUGUACUCAGUUGCUCAGAUGGAACUUUCCGUGAUUCAAUUGUCUCAAGUUUGCAGUAUGAGGGUAUCCUGUUGAUGCAUGCUGAAAACAAGCUUGAGGAGGCAGUUACAAAUCUUUGGUCAUUUGUGCGUCCUUGCAUGGUGUGCUCAUCAUUUAUAGAUUCCAAUGCUGAUGACAAUGUUUUGAAGGCGAAGGCAUGCUUGAAACUUUCAAAUUGGUUGCAACGUGAUUCUCCAAAUAUUAAUCUGGAAAACAUUGUUUACAUGAUUCAAGCAGAUUUCAACAUAACUGAUACUUCUCUUGGCAGAGGGGCAAUUGGCUUCAAUAAUGACAAUUUAAGCUCUGAUCCAAGAGUAGAACUCAUUGUUGAGGAACUUGUUGGUACAGCUACAAAACUAUCUUCUCUUCUUUGCCCCACAAUGGGCAAGUCAUGGAUUUCAUAUGCAUCUUGGUGUUACUGUCGAGCUAAGGCAUCUCUCUCCCCAAAUGAGGCUCCCAUUCACUUUUACUCUUUUUCUCCAAUUCUUGCAUCAGAAGUUCAACCUGAAAGAUGGAAGUUAACUGAAGAGGAGGUAUUAAAAGUGGAAUCUAUCCUUUUCCAGAUGCUUCAGAGAAGGACCGAUGCAGAAGACUUGGACGAGAAAUCAAAAGAGUCUCACUCUCAGGUUGAACUGUCUGUACAAACGAGAAAUGAGAACUGUUUGAAGGCCCUGUCACAGCAAGUGGUGAACAUAAUUGAAGCUGCAGCUGGAGCUGGAGCUGAAGAUACUAAUGGCAAAUGCCUUUCUGCUACAGUAACUUCUGAUUUACAAAAAUGCUGUCGAUGUGCAAAUAUUGACCUUGAAGAAACUAUGUUGGCAUCCUUAAUUAGUGGUUUGAUCGAUAUUUGGUGGUCUUUGAGAUGGAGAAGGGUGUCCCUUUUUGGGCAUGCCGCUCAAGCUUUCAUCCACUAUCUUUCAUAUUCGUCUACCAGACAUUAUGAUGGUCAAUUAAGGGGCUCUGAAAGUGAGUCAAAGCAUAAGACUGUGAGCUACAGCCUGAGGGCUACACUAUGUGUCUUGGACAUUCUUCUCAACUAUGGGGUGGAGCUAAAAGAUACACUUGAACCUGCGCUUUCAACAAUUCCUUUGUUGCCAUGGCAGGAAAUAACACCACAACUAUUUGCUCGACUAAGUUCUCAUCCUGAACAAGUGGUUCGAAAACAGUUAGAGAGCUUGCUGGUGAUGCUAGCGAAGCAAUCUCCUUGGUCUAUAAUUUACCCAACCCUUGUUGAUGUAAAUGCUUGUGAGAAGGAACCAUCGGAGGAGCUUCAGCAAAUACUUGCUUGUUUGACUAAGCUUUAUCCAAGAUUAAUUCAGGAUGUCCAGCUGACAAUAAAAGAGCUGGAAAACAUGACAGUUCUUUGGGAGGAACUAUGGCUCAGCACGCUUCAAGAUCUUCAUGCUGAUGUUAUGAGGCGCAUAAAUUUACUGAAAGAUGAGGCUGCACGAAUUGCCGAGAAUAUGACUCUUAGUCACGCUGAGAAGAACAAGAUAAAUGCUGCAAAAUACUCAGCCAUGAUGGCUCCCAUCGUUGUUGCUCUAGAGCGUCGUUUGGCUUCUACUUCUCGGAAUCCUGAAACACCGCAUGAGGUGUGGUUCCAUGAAGAGUACAAGGAACAAAUAAAAUCAGCCAUCCUAAACUUCAAGUCUCCUCCAGCAUCUGCUGGGACAUUGGGGGAUUUAUGGCGACCAUUUGAUGUCAUCGCUGCAUCGUUAGCAUCUUAUCAGAGGAAGUCAUCAAUAUCUUUGGGAGAAGUUGCACCACAACUUGUUCUGCUACAAUCAUCAGAUGUUCCAAUGCCUGGUCUUGAGAAGCAAAUCACAAUCUCAGAAUCUAAAGGUGGUCUUGCCGGUACUCCCCAGGGAAUUGUUACAAUUGCUUCUUUCUCUGAACAAGUAGCUAUCUUAUCAACCAAGACUAAACCUAAAAAACUGGUUAUUUUGGGCUCUGAUGGUCAGAAGUACACUUACCUUUUGAAAGGGAGAGAAGACCUGCGUCUUGAUGCUAGAAUCAUGCAACUGUUGCAAGCUGUAAAUGGCUUUCUGCAUUCAUAUCCUGAAUCUCGUGGUCAGUCUCUUGGCAUUCGCUAUUAUUCCGUGACACCUAUUAGUGGGCGAGCUGGCCUUAUCCAGUGGGUAGACAAUUUAAUGAAUAUUUAUAGUGUCUUCAAAUCAUGGCAGAAUCGCGUCCAGCUAGCGCAACUUUCAUCAUUGGGUGCUGGUAGCAUGAAAAAUACUGUCCCUCCACCUGUUCCUCGGCCAAGUGACAUGUUCUAUGGUAAAAUUAUACCAGCACUUAAAGAGAAAGGCAUAAGAAGAGUUAUAUCACGGAGAGACUGGCCUCAUGAUGUCAAGCGGAAAGUCCUCUUGGAUCUUAUGAAGGAGGUUCCUAAACAACUACUACAUCAAGAACUUUGGUGUGCUAGUGAAGGAUUCAAAGCCUUCAGGUCAAAAUUGAAAAGGUAUUCUGGUAGCGUAGCAGCCAUGAGCAUGGUUGGUCACAUUCUCGGCCUUGGGGACAGGCAUUUGGAUAAUAUUCUUAUAGAUUUCUGUAGUGGGGAUAUCAUGCAUAUUGACUACAAUGUAUGCUUUGAUAAAGGGCAAAGAUUAAAGAUUCCUGAAAUCGUACCCUUCCGCAUGACACAGACAAUUGAAGCAGCUUUAGGGUUGACUGGAAUUGAAGGUACCUUUAGAGCAAACUGUGAAGCAGUUAUUGGUAUUCUGAAGAAGAAUAAGGAUGUACUCUUGAUGUUGUUGGAGGUUUUUGUUUGGGAUCCACUUGUGGAAUGGACACGUGGAGAUUUUCAUGAUGAUGCAGCAAUUGUGGGUGAAGAAAGAAAGGGCAUGGAGCUGGCAGUCAGCUUGAGUCUAUUUGCAUCACGUGUGCAAGAAAUUCGUGUUCCAUUGCAGGAACAUCAUGAUCUUUUAGUGGCUACCUUACCAGCCGUUGAAUCUGCUCUUCAGCAAUUCACUAGCAUCCUAAAUCAAUAUGAAAUAGUCUCCGCUCUUUUCUAUCGUGCCGAUCAGGAGAGAUCUAAUCUUAUUCUGCAUGAGACGUCUGCAAAGUCAAUUGUUGCUGAAGCAACUUCUAAUUCAGAAAAAUUCCGUGCCUCAUUAGAAAUACAGGCUCAGGAAUUUGCUCAAGCAAAGUCUGUUGUGGCCGAGAAAGCACAAGAGGCGACAACUUGGAUUGAUCAACAUAGAAGGAUCCUUGACGCUUUAAUAGGUAGUUCAAUUCCAGAAGUUGAAGCCUGCAUAAAUCUGACUGGAACAGAGAAAGCUUUGUCUCUCACGUCUGCGGUUCUGGUGGCUGGGGUUCCAUUGACUAUUGUCCCUGAGCCAACACAAGCUCAAUGCCAUGAUAUAGAUAGGGAAGUUUCUCAGCUAAUGACCGAGUUGAAUCGUGAACUCUCCUCUGCAGUAACAGUUCUCCAAGCAUAUUCUUUGGCUUUGCAACGAAUAUUACCACUGAAUUACCUUACAACCAGCCCAGUGCAUAGUUGGGCACAUGUCAUGCAACUUUCAGCGAAUACCCUUUCCUCUGAUAUCAUAUCUCUCACCAGAAGACAAGCUGCUGAAAUUAUUGCAAAAGUUCAUUUGGAUGGAUUUGAUUCUGUUGAGAAUAGUUAUGGUGUGCUGUGUCUUCAAAUGGAGAAGUAUGCAGAAGAAAUAGAGAGAGUUAAAGAGGAGUGUGCCGAACUUCUUACCUCUAUUGGCUCAGAUACCGAAUCAAAAGCUAAGGAUCGUCUUGUAUCUGAUAUUAUGGUGUUGAUGCAGCCUCCUGCUCUUGAAAGGAGAGAAGACUCCUUGCUUACUAUGCAUUUGGGACCAUUGAGGCAUGAAGGGGCAGAAGAUGCUAGAUUAUUGCAAGUGGAAAUUGAAGAGAAGGAGAAGGUUCUGAUUGUUUUGAAUAUAGCUGUAAGUUCUCUGUUGAACAAAGUGAAGUACAAAGUGCUCAACAUCUUGAAUAGUUCCACUGGAGGGAGAAAAACAGACAAUAGGCUGCAGUCUGAUCUUGGAAUAAUUCUCUGUUUGUUUGAAGAGCAAAUAGAGAAAUGCAUACUUGUUGCAGGGUUUGUUAAUGAGCUUCAGCAAUAUCUUGGCUGGGAUUUUCCUAGUGUUGAUAUUGAUGUAGAUCAGUCUGAUCAGUCUUUCCAAGGGAACUGGGCUUCAAUUUUUAAAACAAACCUACUUUCCUGUAAAAGCUUGGUUGAGCAAAUGAUUGAGACUGUUUUGCCAGAUCUUUUAAGAUCUGUUGUUUCAUUUAACUCGGAAGUUAUGGAUGCUUUUGGUUCUCUCUCACAAAUCAGGGGCGCUAUUGAUACUGCACUAGAGCAGCUUCUUGAGGUUGAAAUAGAGAGGGCAUCUUUGGUAGAACUGGAGCAGAAUUACUUUAUGAAGGUUGGUCUCAUCACUGAGCAACAGUUGGCUCUUGAGGAAGCUGCUGUGAAGGGUAGGGAUCAUCUGUCUUGGGAAGAGGCUGAGGAACUUGCUUCUCAAGAAGAAGCUUGUAGAGCACAGCUGGACAAACUCCAUCAAACAUGGAAUCAGAAGGACAUCCGAAGUACUUCUCUGAUAAAGAGAGAAGCUAGCAUUAAAAGUGCUUUGGUGUCUUCUGAGAACCAUUUUCAAUCUUUAAUUAGUACUGAACAAGAGAGGGAGCCACAUGUCUUGAAAAGCAAAGCACUGUUGGCAGCCCUAGUCCAGCCCUUCUCCCACUUGGAAUCUAUAGAUAGAGUCUUAUCUUCAUUUAUCGGACCAGUUGCUUCUUUCUCAAGUGGGAUUUCUUACCUUGUGGAUUUGAUGAAUUCUGGUAGCCCAGUGUCUGAAUAUAUUUGGAAGUUGUCUAGCAUAGUCGAUAGCAAUUCUUUCUUUAUUUGGAAAAUUUCUGUUGUGGAUUCUUUUCUCAAUUCCUGCAUACAUGAUGCGGCUUUGUCCAUAGAUCAAAAUUUAGGGUUCGAUCAGCUUGUUAAUGUGGUGAAGAAAAAACUUGAAAUCCAAGUUGAAGAGCAUAUAGGUCAAUACUUGAAAGAGCGAGUAGUUCCUAUUCUAUUGACCAGAUUAGACAAAGAGAUUGAACUUUUUAAGCAAAUGACAGGGACAAAUAAGGAAAUUGCUUUUGAUCAAAUGAAGAGAGAUUUUGGAGCUGUAAAACGAGUGCAAAUCAUGCUUGAAGAGUACUGCAAUGCACAUGAAACCGUCAGAGCGGCCAGGUCAGCUGCUUCCCUCAUGGAGAGGAAGGUGAACGAACUCAAAGAAGCUCUUUUCAAGACCAGUCUGGAGAUUGUUCAGAUGGAAUGGAUGCAUGAUAUCACCUUAAGCCCCUUGCAAAAUAACAGGCUAAUUGCCCAUAAUUUUCUUUCAAAUGAUGAGAGCAUACUUCCACUUAUUCUAAACCUUAGCAGACCUAAGUUAUUAGAUAGUAUGCAAUCUUCCAUGGCAAAAAUAGCUAGGUCACUGGAGCGCCUGCAAGCUUGUGAACGACCUUCUGUCACAGCAGAAGGGCAGCUUGAGAGAGCCAUGGGGUGGGCUUGUGGUGGUCCAAAUUCCAGUGCAAUUGGAAGUACAUCAGCGAGGAAUUCAGGAAUACCUUCGGAAUUCUAUGACCAUCUGAUGAGGCGGCGACAGUUAUUAUGGGAAGCUCGAGAAAAGGCAUCAGAAAUUAUGAAAAUUGGCAUAACGAUAUUGGAGUUUGAAGCUUCAAGAGAUGGCAUUUUUCAGACUCCAGGAGAACUCUUUUCUUCUAGGACCGGCGGAGAUGGCAGGAACUGGCAGCAAGGGUAUUUGGAUGCAUUAACAAGACUGGACGUCACUUAUCAUUCCUUUACACGUACUGAACUAGAAUGGAAGCUUGCACAAAGUAACAUGGAAGCUGCUUCAAGUGGUCUAUUUUCUACGAGUAAUGAACUAUGCAUUGCUUCUGUUAAAGCAAAGUCGGCAUCAGGUGAUUUGCAAAGCACUCUUCUUGCCAUGAGGGACUGUUCAUACGAAGCCAGUGUGGCACUAUCUUCUUAUGGCCGUGUUACUAGGGGCCAUACUGCUUUGACUUCUGAAUGUGGUUCCAUGCUUGAAGAGGUCCUGGCAAUAACUGAAGAUCUACACGAUGUUCACACUUUGGGAAAAGAGGCUUCUGUAUUACAUAUUUCUCUUAUGGAAGAUCUUUCUAAGGCAAAUGCAAUCCUACUUCCACUUGAAACCAUCUUGUCAAAAGAUGUUGCUGCUAUGACUGAUGCCAUGGCUAGGGAAAAAGAGACCAAAAUGGAUAUAUCUCCCAUCCAUGGACAAGCAAUAUACCAGUCUUAUUAUUUAAGGAUCAAGGAGGCUUGUCAAGCUUUUAAGCCCUUGGUACCAUCGCUUACAAUCUCUGUGAAGGGACUCCAUUCCAUGUUGACCAGGCUAGCACGAACUGCAAGUCUCCAUGCAGGAAAUCUUCAUAAAGCUCUGGAAGGAUUGGGAGAAAGCCAGGAAGUUACUUCACAGGAUAUUAAUUCGUCAAGGCCAGGCCUUGAAGUUGAUGAGACUGAGUAUGAAAGUAAGGAGAGCGAGAUUUUCUCCAAAUUUGAUGAAAAAAAUGAUGAGGUGCUUCUUGGUGUGAGUGGUCUGUCAAUGCUAGAUAAAGGUUGGAUAUCCCCUCCAGAUAGCAUCUGCAGUAGCAGCUCAGAGUCUGGUGGUACAGCAAGUGAAGUUAGCCUUGCAGAUAGCUUCAGUAGCCUAGAAGUGGUGGAACAACAGCCACGUGGUGCUGAUAGCAGAGAGACUCGAGAUUCUAUGGACUUCUUUCCAUCGUCUGGGACUGCUUUCCAAGAAAUGGCAUGUGAUGUUGAAACAGAAUCGAAAAACACGGAGUCUUACAAUAGUGAGACUGGUUUUGUAAAUGGACAUCUGAAAGCUGUGGCAUCGUCAUAUGAUCAAUCUGGACCUCUUCCUGUUGAGACUGUACAUUCUUCAAAACAGGAAAACUGUGAGGUAAAGUUUGGGCUUAAAGAUGAAGCCUCCACACCGAACCAAGGCACAGUUGAAGAGGAAAAUCCUGAAACUCCUCUUCCUAAUGUGGAUCCUGGUGGCCGAAUAACCAGGGGUAAGAGCAAAAUCUAUUCUUAAAGCAAGGUUUUGGAGUCAACUUUGUCUUCCAGACAUUAAUAGGUGAAAGGAC